AUGGACAAGGAAGAGCAGCUGGCCCACGGCUUAGAAGCUUGCGACUGGGAUCAGCUGCAACACCGAUAUACCGAUGCGAUGGAUGAGCAUGGCCGAAUGGAAGAGAACCUGCGUGCCGAAGCGGCAACGCUGCUCGAGGUAUUCACGGCGUGGUCUCAGACUACAGUGCUGCAAGAUGAAAACAGAGCUUUUAAAAGGUUCAAGACUCAAAUGCAGCAUGUACAGCACUCGGAAGUCAACGUGGAGCACAAACAGCAACACUACAUGGAGGUUGUGAAAGCUUUUGAAAGUGCACUGAAGUUGCUCAACGAGCAGCUCAAGGGAUGA